AUGAUCUUCAAAGGAAGUCGGCCAUCUGUACCUUUGAGGCGCUGCCUUCCUUACAGGCUUCCUGACUGUUCCUAUUCCACACCAUGGCAUCUUCAGGGAUUUCACAACAAAAGGCAGGUCAAGUCUGCCCCAGAUUGCAGUAGUACACAACGGAGGCUUCUAUGGGGUAGCAGUGAGCCGCCACAACACUUCGGACCAAAAUCCCGGAUGCCGGAUCUCUUCGAGAGGAAAGAUGAAAUGUGUUUGAGACUUGCAACUCAGCAAUUAGAAUGGCACGGGCUCCCCCCAUCAGAACACCACGAUAUGUUAGAGGCAGUAGCAAGGGUCGGACGCAUCGAAGGGUGCAUUCAGUACACCUUCAGAAACAAAAUGUUAUGCGUGGAAGCAUUGAAGGUCACGUCAUCGAAUUACCCUCUAUUUUUCAAAGGGAUGAUUCAUAAAGUCAAACGCAACAAUCGCUUAGCAUUGCUAGGUGAUCGAGUACUCAGCAUGGUUUUGUGCGAAAUAUGGUAUAGUACCGGAAAUUCACCAGAUACGAAGAUCAAUGACGCGAUAGCAACAUCAUCUGCGCUUUACGAGAGAGCCCGCAAACUUCGUAUAGACAGAGAAAUCCUAAUUGGCGAAGGGAUGUAUAUUCCAUCGAUCAGGCAUAUCGCCGAGAGCUUGGAAGCCAUACUCGGCGCUGUCUACGUGGAUUCUGAUCACAACCUCGAAACAGUAAAGCAGGUUAUCAAAUAUGUCGAGCUCGAUAAACAUGAAUCCUUGAAGGCACAGCCCGAAGCACAUCUUGACCAAGCGGAUGGGGAAAAGCAACAUAUGGUAUUUCGGGAGGAAGAGUUACCGUUCGAGGAAAGGAUCAGAUCUUUAGAGCACGAGGCAGAAGUACUUCAGAAGGAUCUUUGGGAUGCCGAAUCCUCCAUCACAGGUGUGUCAGGGGCGAAGCCCAACAUCAGCCCCGAAGCGCAGGUUGCUAUCCGCAGAGAGGCUGCAAAGCUGUCAAUCAAUGCAAGGCAGUUAUGGAAAGAAAUUGGUCAAGUUCCUGCUUCUGUUGCUUGCAGUUCAGUCAAAAUACAUAUCAAGAGAAGGGCAAGAGCUAUGAUCCAAACGGCAGUAGCGCUGCAAAGUGGGGUGGGCCACUCUGAUGGAACUGUGGAAGAGCAGUCGACUGAGGAGCCUGCUAUUGGCGCGACGACCACUGAUGAGUUUGGUUCAAUCGUGCUUUCGAAGAACGAGAACCUACCACCUGACGAGCCUGUAGAAGAUGGCACUCCAGAAACAACGGAAAAGCAGCCAGAUUCACUGACCUGCCUCUUUCCGAAUGAAAACAGCACAGAUUGUACACCAAAGUUGGCUAUCUCAGCUUCACAAAAAUCACCGGUAAUACCAGCUUAUUCGGUACUGCCGAAAGAUAGCAAUAUUACUAUCAUAGCUCUCAUAGCCGAGUUAAACGAAAUUCUGAGGCAACAUGACACACAAAAAAUGAGUGGUAUAGGAAUGCCAUCCGAUAGAGAACUCUGUCUCAAGUUUGUCGCAUGGAAGAACGCAUUGAACAAAACAAACAGUCGCGAGCGCCGAGGCAAAUCAACCAAUACUCUGGCCGUGUACGAAGAAAUGUUACAAAAAUCUCUAAGAAGAAGGGUAAUCAAGGAACGUAAAUGCUUGGCUGGUUUUCAGAAAAAGGUUCUGGUACGAAAAAUCAGGCGAGUGGAAUCUCUAGAAGUUGAAAAACCUACGGCUUCAACACCUGCAAAAGAAGAAAUCAACCUUGCAAAAGAGCAAGACCAAAAUCAGGGCCAAGGACAAAAACAAGAAAAGAAAAGAUUGGCGCCUGCUCACCAUAGACAUCAGAAGGAAAUUGGGGAUUUUUUGGAGAGCGUAAAGCAUCCAGAGCAAACUGAGGAGAGCAUCGAGGAUAUAGAGCGAACCAUCAGCGAUAUGCAUGCUGCCGCAUGGGAAACAACCAACAAAACUGCAGAACAGGCUCCACAGCGUGUGUCAUUGAAGCCCUCCCAUAGCCCUUCAAUGGGUCCUGGAAUCCACAGCAUCAACCCCCCCGAACGGAUGUGGAGCAUUCAGAAACCAGGAAAAACUUCAAUUCGGUUUCGGCCCUAUCCUUCUCCGUACAAAUCGACGUCUAGAGAUCGUGCAGGUUGGUGA